CAGACAUCAACUGCUGUGAAUUCAUGACGUAGAAGAAGAAGUCCGGCGGAAGAUUCCCACAUUGAAAAUUAUGGCAGCUUCCAUCGAGAGCUUACUAGAAGAAAUUUCAGGCGUUGAUGAUCCAAUUGAAGAACUACAAUGUUUAAAAACGGCUUUAUUAUCCAUUCCUCUGCGGGACCUGAGAGACUCAGUGAGCGGGCAGAGGUUCAACGUGAUCUUCUCUCUUCUACACUCAGAUGACAGGGAGCAGGUGGAGCUGUGUGUGGGAAUCCUUGAACGCAUCUUAAUGGCCCUGGGCCCUGUGUCCCUGGCCCAGAACUACAGAGCAGAGCUGCAGGGCGGUCUGACUCAUCUUAAUGAAUCCGUUAAGAUACUGGCUUUGACGCAGAUUGGUCGAAUGGUGGAGCAUCCAGAAGCUUCCACAGAAAUCCUCAACAACCAUGACAUUCUUGCAGCAACAAUCCGCUGCAUUGGGGAGGAGAAAAUUGCCGUGGCGAAGCAGGCCAUUCAGUCGCUAUCCAAACUGAGUCACUCCAAACCUGGCCUAGACAAACUGUUCCAAACCGACCUGCUGCAAGUCAUCAAGGAUGUGAUGGCCACAAGUGACAUCAUCAGGUACAGGAUAUAUGAGCUGGUGGUGGAAAUCUCGUCUGCAUCUCCCAUUUCCCUCGGUUACUGUGCCAGAAGCGGCUUUAUUGCUCAGCUGCUUGGAGAACUGACUGGAGACGAUGUACUGACCAGAGCUACAUCCAUUGAGAUGGUGACGUCUCUAGCCCACACUCAGCAUGGCCGCCAGUAUUUGGCCCAGCAGGGAAUAAUGGACAAAAUCUCCAACAUGAUCAGAGGAGCAGAAACCGACCCCUUCUCUUCACUGUACAUUCCUGGUUUGGUGAAGUUCUUCGGAAACCUGGCCAUCAUAGACAGCCCACAGCAGGUGUGUGAAACCUACCCGGUCUUCCAGAACAAGGUGUUUGAGAUGGCUCUGGAUCCGGACCCUUCCAUGAUCGGCGUGGCUCUGGACACUUUGGGACUCCUUGGUUCUACUGUGGAGGGCAAGCAGGUCUUUCACAAAACAGGAGAAAAGUUUAAGGCUGUGUGGUUGAGGAUGAGUCAGAUUGCAGGUGCUGGAGCUACAGAGCUCAGAGUACGUAGCCUGGACGCCAUCUCACAGCUUCUCACUCUACAGCCGGAACAGCAGACCGAGGACCUAUUGGCCCUGACGGAGUCCUGGUUCAAACUGUUGUCUAACCAGCCCAUGGACAUGAUCCGCAACAUCAGCACUCAGCCAUUCCCAGAGCUGCAUUGUGGGGCCAUGCGGGUAUUUACUGCUAUUUCCACUCAGCUGUGGGGUCAGAAGUUGAUGAUCAGCACUCCCAGCUUCAUGGAAUUUGUUUUGGAUCGUUCUGCGGGGCAGACGAAGGAGGCUAAAGACGCUAAGUUUGAUCUGGUGGGCUCUCUGGUGUGUUCGUCGACGGCAGCAGAGAUACUGGGCAGCCAGCACUACAUUCGUCUGAAGAGUUACCUUAGAGAGGGGCCGUACUACGUCGCUGCUGUGGCCGCCGUCAGCACAGAGGGGGCAGACUGAUCAACACACUCAGAAAAUCUGGAUAAUGCUCAAGUACUCAGUAAUGCCUUGGUAAUCUAACUGUGGGUUAACAUAUAAUACUCUGCUAUAGAGAACUCUUUUUCUAAUAAAUACAUAUGCAGUUGGAAUAAACCAGGGUUUGGUGUUCAGUUGUUGAAAACCUCCUGGAUUUAGCCAACAUUUAUUUAAAAAAUGCUUAUAAAUGUUUACAACUCAAUGACAUGGUGGUUUAUGAUAGGACAUUAAACUUCUGAGUGAAUCUAGUUUAGGUUCAGGCACUUAUCCAAAUUCACACCCUCAUAUUUUACAGUUUUUUUGUAUCAAUUUGACUCCCACGCUCCAUAUUUUUCAGAUUUGUUUUGUGUCAAGAAUAUUUUUGUUAAUUAAACGGAAGGAUUUUUUUGUAAUAAAGAAGAUGCAUUCUGACGCCA